UUUGCGCCGAUUGCUCAUGAAAAACAACGUUGAGAAUGCAACUGAUCCACCACAAAUGCAACAACAGCAACAAUCAACCCAACAGCCGCACUCUCCAUCCCAACCUUUGCUCGAGUCUCGUGUUCAAGUAUCUAGAAACAGCGGCAGCCAAAAAGGAGAAAUCGACUACUACUACUACUACGGAGGUCGGCGCUCUCGUCGAAAAAUUCCUCCGGAAGGCUGUUGGAUGGUACCCAGAGCCAACGAGGUCACUUCGAUUCUGGAUACAGCACAAGCGAUGGAAGUUUCGAUUGUAAGCGUUGGUCCCAGGAGGAUCCGCACGAUAGUAUUGGUCCCUAUUCGCCCAAAUGGUCGCCCAUUCCAAUGCAUACAGGCUUCAGUGGGAAACCACCACCAACUUCAGUUGCACCAACAGCAGCAAGAGCUACAGCUGGUCGUUCUAAUGUAGGUUCGCUUGGGGAGCACGCACCCCGCUGCAGGAUCAGCACGAACGAAAGAAGCAGUCGAAUAAGGCCGACAUUUCUCCAGAAGGUGAUUUGACACUUGGUAGUGUCCGAUGGAAAGAUGUGAACGUUAG